AUGGUUAAUUUUUUACGAUUUUUUGCACUUCUCUCGGCUAUUUACCCGUUGAAAAUAUUAUUUUACUCUAAUUCCCAGUACGCGCAGUGUUAAGCAAGCUAUCUAUAGCCCUUUUUAAUUCAAAAAAAACUUUUGAAUUUCAACGAAACUGAAUUUUCUGUAACCGAUAUUCGACCAUUUCAAAGAAAAAUCUUGAAAAAUUAUGCGACUUGAGCAUCUCUCUUACACAUAUGUUAUGUUACGUAAUCCCCCUACCGGCAGCUUUCAUCAUCCUUCCAAACCCGAAAAAGGGAAAUCGGUAUAUGGUUGAUGACAGUUGGAACGUUUGUGUGGUUUUAGCUUUAGCUUUUGUAGGCUUCUGCAUACCGAAGUUUUAUGUUGAAAUGCGAAACUUUGUUUCUUUUCCUGUUUAAUCCUUUAUUCUGCUUUUGUCGUCCCUCUCUUUUUGUAAAUAGUAUCAAAAAAGUCGAAAAGUGUUCAAAUAAAGUCGAUAGAAGAUUUUCACUUGUGGUCAGGCUAGGCAGAUACCUCAAGAAAAAAGCAGUUUACCAAAUAAUUCAUCAGAUUUCCUGAUCUCACAUGUCAGAAACAUAAUUUACCAUAACACCCCAUAAGAAACAGUUGACAUGGAUUUUUAUUGGGAGUCUACUUUUUGCGAAGCCUCGACUUCUUUAAGUUCCGAUAAGUUUCCGAUAUUGUGCUGCCCACUCGAUUUCUAGACAAUUAUGGAAGGUUAACAAACCGAACCUUUCUAAUUGCUCGAGCGCUGAGGACACGCCCACUUUUUCCCGCUUGACACUUUUGGUGCGACGGCUAUACGACUUCAAAAUCUCUAGUCUUUACUGGAAUCUUUUUUCGAAACGUUGCAUCAGAAAGGAGCCGAUGAACGGAUUGCAUUUUAAUUGUGUAACUUGGCGAGGGUUGCGUAGCGAAUGUCGCCUGGAGACUCGAAUGGCCGUCGUGUCGGAAGUGGCUAGUUUUCCCUCCAGAAGCCCCAUUCUAGCCCGUGAAAGAUAUUUAUAUUCUUGCUUUUUCGUAUAAUUUGUAUAGCCAGCCGAUUCAAUCUCAUUAUUUGGUCGGGGUUCCUCUUUUCGAUGCUCCCUAUAUGGGUUUGUGGCCUUGUUGAGAGGAAUUCGUUGAGCUUGAAUAUUUUUUCUCAUCAUCACUUCACUCUUGAAUUUGCAUUUAUCUGAAUGAAAAGGAUAGACUGAGCGGAAAAAAGACGAGUUUCCAUGCGUUGUUUUGCAAAGUUCAUGCUGCGUCAACAGUCGCAAGCACUGCGCAACAAAUAGAAACGAGCAAAUAAUCUCGCAGAAAUAAAAACUGGAAGCUUCUACACUUUAUUUUUUUCCUCUACCUUUUCACUCGAUUCAUGGUUUGUACUGCGAAAAAGAAGAACUGAUCUUAUAUUACCAAUAAUGGAAAUUUCCUAAUUUUUGAGCUCUCAUGCUCUCGAUUUUCUUUCUUGGUCUGAAAUAAUGAACUGCGCGGCUCCACGUUAUUUAUGCAAGUUGUAAGCGUUCAAUAAUCAGUGGUAGAUAAACAAAAUAACACGAGAAUUGUAGCUUUUCGGAAGAUUUUCGCACUCCUCCUUUUUUUGAGUUUCAACUAGGGGGUUUCUUUAUUUUUGCUCAAACACGUUGAUAUUUCCUGUAUUAAGUAAGAGCAAAUUCUGUUCAUGUGGUUUCGACAAUAAUUUUUUUUCUGUAUUGCUUUUUUUUUCCCAUCUUAUCAAAACUAUUCAUCACAGAAAAACAAAAAAAACUGUAUCAUCGUCUGAUUAUCUGCUAUUCACAAGCUUUUUUCUCUCAUCCUAUCGAAACUCAUCUCUUAGAUCCUUGCAAAAUUGUCUCAAGUUAUCAGUGAACCGAACUGAAAAAUUAUUUCUCUAAUGCUUCUUUAAAUUCUUCUUUCGAAAAAAACGACUCACUUUGUUGUUUAAUUCAAAAUAUAAUGGCAACAUGAUACCAUCAAAGAGGAAGUCCUUUUCUUCCAGCUAUUCACCAAUUUUUUUUUCGGAACGCAUUGACCCCGUUAUUUGAGAGAGCGAAAAUAUUUGUGUUGAUUGAGGGUUGUGUAGGCCAGAAAGUUGCCCUGUAUGAUGAUGUAUGGAAAUGGUCAGGCGGAGCCGUCGAGCGACCGGAUGUCCGCCUCAGAAUCUUCGACCGGCGGCUCGUCGUCGUCCACGUCGACGAUGACGUCAACGUCUUUCGAGCCCCUGAAGUGGCUCUUUCUUUUCGUCUGCCUCGCUCUCGCUGGCCUCUCCAACUGGGCAGUCAUCGCCUACACACACGAUUUCGUUCCUCGGUACGCCAAACAGUUAUUGUUUGAAAGGCUUCUUGUUGAAAUUUUUUCAUUAAUCUCUAGAGAGUCUCAACCUGAAAAAAACCCUACUUUUAGUCAACAUGUCGUCGUAGGUCGGUUUUGGCUGCAAUUAGACGAAGGUCUUGAGAAAUGAGAACGACUGUAGGUUAAAAGUUGAGGUUUUGCUAUCCGUGGAAGAGAAGAUGCUUUAGGAUGGGCUCAGUUUCGGAGAUUCACAGAGAAAGCGUUCUAAGACGAAAAAUUCACCAAUUUCGUUCACUUUCUGUUCCAGACAUCCGCUGCCAGAUAUCAUGUUCGCGCUGAUGCCGGAGCAGAAGUGGGCGAGCGUCGGCGGCGACAUGUGCGUCGUCGUAAACCUCGUCUGUUUCGGACUUCUUCUCUUCUUCCACGUCCAUCGGACGGUCAUUCUGCGUCGUAUUCUCUUCACGACCGCCUGUCUCUAUGGGAUGAGGUCCGUCACGCUCACCGCCACCCAAUUGCCUUCAGGUACUUUUUUCCUCUCAACAUCACCAAGAGUAACGAGCUUUCUUGAUAGGAAAGGAUACCAAAAAUUAUGUAUUUUCAGAGAACUUUUCAUUACCUUUAGAGCUCUAUGUAGUAGGUAUUGAAACCCCUUUUAAUAAAGGACAUGUUUGCAGCCUACACGAAUAACUCUCAAAAGUGUCGGCCGCAAGUCGAUUCUCAGGCUUCCGUGUUUUUUAGCCGUUGGUUGGAGCAAUCGAUACGGUUAGGAUUUCAGGUUGGUCGAUUCAUUUCGAGGUUUGGAAAAAAUGAGUUAUGAAUUUUCCAGGAAAAAAAUUAUAUGCUCUGCGGAGACCUUCUUUUCAGCGGCCACACUCUAGUUAUGGUAAGAAGUUUUUUUGGUUCUUUGACAAAUUUUUCAAAUUUUCAGUUAGAUAAAGCGGAAAUAAAUGAAUGAGGAAUGACAAACAAACUAGCAAUUAAAGUCAUAAGAUGUUUUGAUGAAUGAGUUGUAGAAAUUAAUCGAAUUAGUCGUUCUAUACGAAAAAAAAGCGGGAUUCUGUCGAUAAUUUCAGGUUAAUUAGCUUAUUAAGAAAAUAAGGUUUCAGUCCUACAUCAGCUCUACAAAAGCUAACUAAACAAUUAUUGAAGUAACACCUUCAUUGUUUUUCAGUUUAGUUGCAUACUGAACUGAGUUGACAGUUUCAAUGGAUAAUAGCGCGAAAAAGCGAAUACCCCGUAUUAUUUGUAAUACGUUUAAUGAUCUUUUUCAUGAUCAAAAUAUUGGAUUUUUGACGUUUUCUUCAAGCACCUGAGAAAACUUAAAACAUCAUUUUUCAAAAAAUUGGUUUUUAUAAUAAAAAAUUGAUGAGGAAAUUGAAAUCACGACUCUGUGAUUGAAAGGAUUUUCCUCAGGUGAACUGCGCCCUGUUCGUGGCCUAUUACCUGCCUCGGCGGAUACGAUUUCUGCAGUGGGCGACGAAUAUUCCGGCGGCUUUCGGCAUGCUUUGCAUGACUAUUUCGCGCACUCACUACACUAUCGACGUCAUCAUCGCGUACUGGCUCACUAAUUUCGUAUUUCGGUUGGUCCAGUAGAAAAGGGGAAAGUCAUCAAAAAAGGAUCUCCAGGAUAUACCAUGCCUACUGCGAAGUUGACAUCUACAUGGAGCGACGGAAGAGCAUUUUACACUCUUGGUGGCCUUGUAAGGUCAUUGAUUGGCUCGAGGAGAACAUCGUCCCUGGACGGUCAGCAUUUGACUGAUAUUAUCUUUAUCGAUAAUUAAGAAAAAGUGGAGAGCUUCGAGUCAUUAUUUCGUUUGUUUCUUUGGAAAAAAACCGAUCUGCGAAUGACAAACUAAUUUAUUCUCGUUUUGGACAGCAUUUUAAUGGCAUUUUUGACUUUUCGAAACUUGUUUUUUUGCAGAAUCGAAAACGUAUUUUCAAUGCCCUUCGUGCGACGGCUCGAUCCUUCGAUGCUUCAAAAAGCCGUCUCCCGGCAACACACCAAGCAGAUUUCCAUUGUGAGGCUUUUCCAAACAAUUUAUGAUAGCUUCUAUCGUUGAAACUAGAAUGCAGUUCAAAACACGAAUCAUUGGAUUUUUUUUUAAUCAAAAUCAUAUUUUCAGAGUUCCUCGUCAACGCUCCCAUAA